AUGAUGUCAUCCACCCUGGUGGAGACAGUCUCCAUCAACUACGACGACUUUAACGACAGCUUUCUCACCUGCGGUACCUGUCUCUGCACCUACGACGGUCAGGAGCGCUCCCCCAAACUCCUCCCCUGCUCACACACUGUCUGCAGGAACUGUUUAGAACGAAUCAUCGCCUCACAGACUUUAGACACCGGCUCCUUCCGCUGCCCAAUAUGUCGAGAGACCAUCCACACUCCACAAGGCGGCGUUGUUGCCUUCCCGCCAUCCUUCAUCGUCAACCAGCUCCUGGACUUGAUGGCUCAGCAGCGAAGGGAUGUCAUCCCUAAGUGCUCGGUCCACAACACACAAGAGUUAUUAUUCUGUGAAACUUGCGACCAGGUCUUCUGCCUACAGUGUGUGGAGGGCAGCCAUAUAGAGCGUGGAGCUAGUGAACAUACUGUUAUUCCCUUUGCCAUCGCCAUCAAAAGGAUGUCAGAGAUACUGCUCUACAAGGCUCACCUGUGUAUCAAAAACUUGAACUCCGCCUACGAGGUGGUGUCUGAUGAACUGCGGCAGUUAGAGCUUUCUGUGGAUAAGGCGUUGGAUUCUAUCAACAGAUCAUUCCAGGAUGUGAUAGCUGUGAUUGAGCGGCGCCGUCACGACUGUCUCCAGUGGGUGAGGAAGAUCAGGGAGGAGAAGAAGACCAUCCUGAGAGAACAGCUGGAGCUGAUACAGGCAGAGAAGGAGAAGGUGCAGCUGGAGUGUGACGGGCUUCAGUAUCAG